GGUUCGUAACGUCGCUCCAGGGAGGAGUGAGAGCUACGUGAUGUGGCGCUGCGCGCUUCCUGUCUGCGUAGAGCCGAGAGAUCCCCAUCUACCCCCGGACUCCACUGCAGCUUCUGUCCCCGUUGUCGGACGGUCAAAAACCCACAGAUUUCCCCAUCAUGGCUGUGAACCUGAGCAAAAACGGCCCAGCUCUUACCGCGGCCUAUAAGGAGGUGGUGGAUGAGAAGUCAGAGACUAACUGGGCUCUCUUCACCUAUGAGGGAAACACCAAUGACAUCAGGCUGGCAGAGAAAGGAGAUGGUGGUCUGGAGGAGUUGGUCGAGGAGCUGAACAGCGGGAAGGUGAUGUACGCUUUCUGCCGUGUUAAAGACCCCAACUCCGGCCUUCCCAAAUACGUCCUCAUCAACUGGACCGGUGAGGGUGUUAAAGAUUCCAGAAAAGGCCAGUGUGCGAACCAUGUGAGCUCCAUGGCCAACUUCCUUAAGGGAGCUCACGUGACUAUAAACGCACGGGCGGAGGAGGACGCGGAGCCUGAAGCCAUCAUGCAGAAAGUGGCCAAAGCCUCAGGAGCCAACUACAGCUUUCACAAAGAAUCCAAUCGCUUCAGAGACAGCGGGCCGCAGGGGCCUGUGGGAUCUGUUUACCAGAAGACUAACGCCAUGUCUGAAAUCAAGAAAACCAACAAAGACACUUUCUGGGCCCAAGCAGAGAAAGAUGAGGAGAAGCGUCUUCAGGAGGAGAAGAGAAGGAUGGCAGACGAGAGGCAGUGGCUAGAGAAAGAGAGGAAGGACAGAGAGGUUAAGGAGGCAGACUUACGGGAAAAGAGAGCAAAAGAGAGGGCGUCACAGAUAGAUGAUCAAAGGAAGUACCAGCAGCAGCAGGAGGUAGAAAAUCGAGGCCAGCAGAAACAGCAAUGGGAGGAGGUGGAGGAGGAGAGGAAGCAGCCAGUACAGAAACCCUUUAAACGCGGAGAGUCGGUGGAAAAAGCCAACGAAGCCGCAGCUCUUGUCUCCCAGCGCUCCGUUAAUCCCAGAGAAAUGUUCAAACAGAGAGAGAUGGGCAUCAACCCUGCUAACACAGACAAUGCUCAGUCCAGUCCAAAACCAGGGCGGUUGAACAGCCCUUUUCUGCCCAAGCAGUCAUGUGACCCAGAGCCAUCUCGCUCUCCCUUGCGUCAGGCCUCACCUUUACGAGCCAGAGAGCCCAGUUUUGAGGAACAACCCAGAUCUCAGUAUGUGGAACCAGAGCCAGAACCCGAGCCAGAGUAUGAAGAUGUACAAGCGGUCGCUGAUAAUUAUGAAAUGCCCGUAGAACAAAAGCAGCCACAAUAUGAAGCAGUAGUGGAACAAGAAGCCAUCUAUGAGGAUCCAGCACCGGUGGAGGAGAAGAACACGUAUGAGACGACAGAUGAUCGCGGUGUCUGCGCCAGGGCUCUGUAUGACUACCAAGCUGCUGAUGACACAGAGAUCUCGUUUGACCCAGAUGACAUCAUCACCGGCAUCGAGAUGAUUGAUGAAGGCUGGUGGCGAGGAUACAGUCCGGAGGGCCACUUCGGCAUGUUCCCGGCAAAUUACGUGGAACUUAUCUAACGCAGCUCAACAUCUCCCCCUCCCUCAUCAGAGUCGGACUGAAUUCAUUUGCCCCGCGUAGAUUUAAAUCUCUGGUAUAUUUGAUUGAAGACUAAAACUAAAAUCACGGACCAAAAGAGUGAUGAUCAUGUGAUCGGGGGUGUUUCAACUGAUAUUUCAUACUGUAUUGAUAGUUUUUGUUGUUAAUUUUAUUUCAUUUCAAGCUAUAAUUUUAUAAAACAAUUGAUUUUGAGUAUGCAGGCAGACGGCUCAAAAGCAGCCACCUAAAAUUGCUGUUCGUGCAGGAAUUCUGGGAAACUUCAUUGUUGGAUAAGUGCUGUGGUGACAUUCCUGUGACAUGCAAAGAUCCUUUUGAGACUGAACCUUUUCUUAGUGUAUUUGAAGACAUUCCUUUUGAACAUUUCAACGCUAGUCAUUACAUUGGUACAGAUGUUUGUAGUAGUCGGUCCUGUUUUGCCUUAGUUUUUGCCUUCUUUUCUCCACAAGACCGAGUGUGACUGCCUUGCUUUCUUGAGGAACAUUUGCUGCAGUGAAGUUUGCUGAGGUCAGACUGAAAUCGAUCGACGAGACGAGUUUAUUUGCUGUGUUCUAUACGGCACGUGUUUUAAAUCCAGAAAGCAGCUUCGGUUGUCGAAUGUUCCGGUUCUUGAUAUUAGGCUCGCAGUGAGAACAGUGGGAAGUUACUCUAAGACCGCAGCUUUUCCCGUCUGCUCAGAACUGUGGAGAAUAUUAAUACUGUGAUUUUUUUUUAGGUUUCAGGGAGCCAUCAUUCUCUCAUCAUCUUGCCUUUGGGUCACAGCUGGGAUCUGGAUUGCGUUUAGAUGCCGAGGCUGAAAGAGAAAGAUCAUGUCAGGUUUAUUUAGACCCUUGCAUUUUUACCAGUCAUCCACUUUAUUGUCAGUGCUGUGCCAAUAUGAGAGUGAGGGGAGAAGUGUUUUUGAGGAAAUGUUUGAGGUUUCGUUUUUAACAAACCCGUGUGGAAAAACAUCAAACAUCUCCGAGUCAUUCAGCUGUGCUGUAGUUCCUCCCGAGAGCUCAUUGUGAAUAUCUUAACAAGUCUGGACAACGUUGUAACUUCAAUUAAAAGAAUAAAUAAAGAGUUUUAAGACUGA